AGACAAGCCGUGUGUGCCACCAGAAACAAUGCGACCUCUGCUGCGAGUAGCAACAACGUCACCCGUCGGAAGGAUCAUUUCACGGCCAGUUGUAUCUGUGCAAUGUCGAGCGAAGCAUGCCGUACACAGCCCUGUUAUCGCGGACUCGCCUGUCAAAGCAGCUGCGUCGAAUGGGCAGGACAAUUCUGCACCUUUGCUAGGGACGACGAAAAGGCUGCCCGAGUUCUCCUUGGCGGAAAAAGUCGUUCUUGUGACAGGUGCAGCUCGUGGGCUUGGCCUGGUGCAAGCAGAAGCGUUGCUAGAAGCAGGUGCGACAGUCUACGCGUUGGACAGAUUGCCAGAGCCCAGCCCCGACUUCUAUCGGGUCCAGAAAAGGGCCGCCGAAGAGCUUGGUACCACGCUACACUAUCGACAGAUAGACGUACGAGACAUCCCGCAGCUGAACGAGAUCGUGCGAAACAUCUCGGAGACGCAGGGUAAACUCGAUGGCUUGAUCGCCGCAGCUGGGAUCCAGCAAGAAACUUCAGCCCUGGAGUACACAGCCAAAGACGCGAACACCAUGUUCGAAGUCAAUAUUACUGGUGUUUUCAUGACUGCUCAAGCGGCGGCAAAAGAAAUGAUCAGACACGGCCGAGGAGGCUCUAUAGCCAUGAUCGCAUCCAUGAGCGGAUCAGUUGCCAACAGAGGUCUCAUUUGUCCAGCAUACAACGCCUCAAAGGCCGGAGUGAUACAACUCUCAAGGAAUCUUGCGAGUGAGUGGGGCCAGCAUGGCAUCCGCGUGAACACCAUCAGCCCGGGAUACAUUGUCACGGCCAUGGUAGAGGCGCUCUUCACCCAAUAUCCUGAGCGAAAGCGUGACUGGCCGACGCAAAAUAUGCUGGGAAAGCUCAGCCUCCCGCAAGAGUAUCGCGGUGCGGCCGUCUUCCUGAUCAGCGAUGCUUCCAGCUUCAUGACGGGCGCUGACUUGAAGAUCGAUGGAGGCCAUUCGGCAUGGUAGCGCUUGGUCGUGCUUUGAUCGUUUAUUAUGUG